AAUAGAGGGAGUACUUCACAUUUUAGUCAACCAAAAAUAAUUAGGCUACUCAACCAAAAAUAAUUAAUGACUUAAAAUCAAAAACUGAUUAGGGUUGUUUUUGUUGUUCCUACAAACAGAUAAUUAAGCGUAUUAUUCAAAGUUUCCAUUUCCUUCAUCAUUUUUGCUUUGAAAAUCAACGAUCAACGUUUGCUUUGUUACCUCAAAUUAGUCACAGCACAUCGAAAUUCUAAUGGAGCACGAGGAAGAGGAAGAGCCACCUCUUGCUGUUCAGAUUCAAUCACACGAUGAUGAAUCCAUUUCUCAACAAUCUUCUGUUGGUGUCACUCUCAUCACCGGUUAUCUUGGUGCUGGAAAAUCCACGUUGGUGAAUCAUAUAUUGAACUCUCAACAUGGGAAGAGGAUUGCUGUGAUAUUGAAUGAGUUUGGUGAGGAAAUUGGAGUAGAAAGAGCAUUGAUAAAUGAAGGGGAAGGUGGUGCUGUUGUUGAAGAAUGGGUUGAGCUUGCUAAUGGCUGUAUUUGUUGCACUGUUAAGCAUAGUUUGGUUCAAGCACUUGAGCAGCUUGUACAGAGAAAAGAAAGGCUAGACCAUAUAUUGCUGGAAACUACUGGUUUGGCUAAUCCAGCACCUUUGGCAUCUAUUCUUUGGUUAGAUGAACAGUUGGAAUCUGACGUGAAGCUUGAUUCUAUCGUCACUGUAGUAGAUGCCAAAAAUCUUCGCUUCCAGCUCAAGGAGCACCGUGGCUCAUCUUCGUUUCCUGAAGCAUAUUUUCAGAUAGCAUUUGCGGACAUUGUAAUACUUAACAAGGUUGAUUUAGUAUCUGCAGAAGGCUCUGGAGCUCUAGAAGAACUUGAGGAGGAAAUCCAUACUAUUAACUCACUCGUAGAGAUAGUUCAUUCUGUCAGAUGUCAAGUUGACUUAUCUAAGAUAUUGAACCGCCAUGCUUACGAUACUGCACAUGCCACACAUUUAGAGGCAUUGUUAGAAGAAAGUCGUUCCUUGUCUACUAAAACGCUUCAUGAUAGUGGCGUUAGAACCAUAUGCAUUAGUGAGACAGGAACAGUUGAUCUUGAAAAGACUCGUUUAUGGCUAGAGGAGAUUCUUUGGGAGAAGAAAUAUGAUAUGGAUGUAUACCGUUGCAAAGGAGUCUUAAGUGUUCAAAACUCUGAUCAAUUGCAUACUUUGCAGGCUGUGAGGGAACUAUAUGAGAUUGUUCCCGCUCGCAAGUGGAAGAAGGAAGAAUACAAGAUCAAUAAGAUAGUAUUCAUAGGUCAUAAUUUGAAAGAAGAAGUUCUAAUUAAUUCCUUGAGAGCUCUUGCAACCUCUUAGGCUGUUGUAUUUGUUUCCUUGUGUAAAGACUAAAUAGUUAGGUAGUUAAUGAUUAGUUGAUGAUUUUGAGAUCAAUCAUAUUAGUGUGUUAAGUCUCGAACCUUUUUUAAGAGACAAGCAAAUGUAGCGACCCAUACUCUUGCUUGCUAGGGAGGCUACAUCCUAGUUUGUACCUACGUUUUGAAGUCGGUACCUACUUAUAUAGGUGAAAUUAUUGCGAUUGAAAUGUAAUAAAUUUAUUUUAGUAAAAAAAAAACUUAGCUGUUGACAACACUGUCUCAAAGGCAAUGUGAUAACUUUUUUUAAUCAAAAAUAUAUCUUAUUCCGUUACAUUCAAAGUAAGAGAAAAUGCAAUGAGGUAGAGUAUGGAAAAGAGUAAUGAUAUAUUGACACAAAAAAUUUGACAACAUAUGGACAGCGUAUAAAUGGAGGGGUCCUCUGCAGCGAUUUCUCUCCGUGUUGUUUUCUUUGCUAAUCUCAGCCACUUGAUGAAUCCAAUGGCUAAGUGAAAAAGGUAUGGGAAAAUGUCAGGAACUUGCGAGGAUGAUGGAUGUAAAAAUAGUGUUUUCUAGUGCAUGAGGUCCUUCCUACUCAAGAAUGAAAUGUUGACUUUUGUGUCGGAGGAGGUUGGAGGGGAACCUCAAGGCAAAGAAGAGUUUGUUGAGAAACUCUCGUUCACUGUGGCAGCAAGGGAGGCAAAGUAUACCAGUUUGAUGGCAAAGGGUUUAUCGGAGGAGGGGACAAAGUGCUUCUCAAGAUACAAAUAUUGAAAGGAAGGUGAAAAAGUGGUGAAGCCAAAUGAAAUGGGGAGACGGUGUAAAGUCACCUUUACACACUCAACCAAUCAAAAGUCAUGUUUUUGCCAUGUCAUUUUUAGUAGAGUUUUUAAAUUUUUGUGGAGUUGACUGCACAAAUUCUAAUGUUACAUUACUAUUUUUGCUUCUUUAAACAGUGGCCUCAGGGCACUAAUUAGUAUUUUCCAAUUUUCAAAUAGUGGUAUGAUGUGUCAAAAUUGUGAAUUUUGAUUGGUUGUCCAUGUAAACUGUCUUUAGACUGUCUGCUUAUCAUCUUUAAA